AUGAAACCGAGCUUUGGGCACCAGAGGAGGAACGACACCAGAGGAGAAUCUACACCAGAGGAGAAUCUACACCAGAGGAGGGACGGCACCAGAGGAGGGACGGCACCAGAGGAGGGACGACACCAAAGGAGGGACGGCACCAGAGGAGGGACGGCACCAGAGGAGGGACGGCACCAGAGGAGGAUCUACACCAGAGGAGAAUCUACACCAGAGGAGGGACGGCACCAGAGGAGGAUCUACACCAGAGGAGGGACGGCACCAGAGCCGGGACGGCACCAGAGGAGGGACGGCACCAGAGGAGGGACGGCACCAGAGGAGGAUCUACACCAGAGGAGGGACGGCACCAGAGGAGGAUCUACACCAGAGGAGGGACGGCACCAGAGGAGGGACGGCACCAGAGGAGGAUCUACACCAGAGGAGGGACGGCACCAGAGAAGGGACGGCACCAGAGGAGGAUCUACACCAGAGGAGGAUCUACACCAGAGGAGGAUCUACACCAGAGGAGGAUCUACACCAGAGGAGGAUCUACACCAGAGGAGGAUCUACACCAGAGGAGGAUCUACACCAGAGGAGGAUCUACACCAGAGGAGGAUCUACACCAGAGGAGGAUCUACACCAGAGGAGGGUCGGCGCCACGCAGAGUUUUUGAGUUUGCACAGUCCACUGGAAGAGGCCUAA